ACACGACGUAAUGCCCGAAUGCCGCGUUAAGUGUUGUGAGUCGAGUUAUUUACCAAUAGUAAAUAAUAGAGCUUACGGACUGCCAGCUAGAGUCACUAUUUUAAGCAUUAAGUACAGCCGCAUUGAUAGGUUAGUGGUGAUUCGUGACUCAAGAGUGGUGAGUUCUGAUUGGUCACUACCAUCGGCACCGACCGGUGUACGCAGUAAGUUAUAGUGACUACUGUGGUGUUAUCUCGCGUCUUCGUUCCCGUUGUGGCGGUAAUGAGCAUAAUAUUAUAUAUUUUCCAUAGUACCGAGGUGCGAUUUGUGCGUAACUGCGUUACCUUCUAUAUUGGUAAAUCGUUGGCUCAACCCUAAUGCGCAAGAACGACAUUUUUGUCGUCGUGAAUCGUUUACUUGGUCACGGUCUCGUCGGGUCUGCUGGCCGACGCCAUUUCGAAACGGUACAAUUAGUCCAAAACCAACAUGAACGCGUACAGAAUUUGCGGCGACAUGAUUCACCUGUUCGCCAUGCUACUGCUGCCGGUCGUGAUGUGGAGAAGAAAAUCUUGCGCCGGUAUUUCGGCAAAAUCUCAAAUACUUUUUGCAAUUGUUUUCACAACAAGAUAUAUUGAUUUAUUCAUAGUUUUUAUAUCUUUAUACAACAGUUUUAUGAAAGUUGUGUUUCUAUCAUCGACAUAUGGAACAUUAUACUUGAUGUUUUAUACAUUUAAGACAACAUACGAUUACAAAUAUGAUCGCAUUAGAAUCCUGUAUUUAACUGUACCAGCAUUGUUUCUAUCAUUUUUCAUUGCACAUGUCUAUACUAUAAUAGAGUUAUUAUGGACGUUCAGUAUUGUUUUGGAAUCAGUAGCAAUUGUACCACAAUUGCUUAUGUUGUCAAGAACUAGCAAAGACAAAUCUAUUAUUUCACACUAUUUAUUUGCUCUGGGCUCUUACAAAGCAUUGUAUAUACUUAAUUGGAUUUACUGUUAUAAUGAAAGCAAUUUCUACGACCCAAUUGUAAUUUUUGCUGGAAUUGUAGAAACCAUCAUCACAUUUUGUGGUUACUUUUCAAUCUUCAUCGAACCUAAAGCUAAAAGUGGACCAAUCCGAGUAGUUGUAACAGAUGCUGCUGGUCAACUUGCCUACUCUUUGAUAUUCAAGAUUGCUAAUGGUGAAGUAUUUGGAACUCAACAACAAGUAAUUUUACAUCUUAUAGACGAACCUUCUGCAAUGGAAGUUCUUGAAGGUGUAUGCAUGGAAAUAGAUGAUCUAGCUUUACCUUUAGUCCAAGGUUAUGUGAAAACAACCAAAUUAGAAGUAGCAUUUAAAAAUGUCGAUGCUGCUUUUUUGUUGGGUACAAUGCCAAAUAAUGAAAGUAAAGAAAAAAAAGACUUUCUGUCAUCUAAUGUAAAUACAUUCAAAUUAUUAGGUGAAGCUUUAGACAAAUUUGCAAGUAAAGAUGUUAAAGUUUUGGUGGUUGGAAAUCCAGCCAACACUAAUGCUUUAAUAUGCUCUUUAAAUGCUCCUUCCAUACCCAAGGAGAACUUUACUGCUAUGACUAGACUUGAUCAAAACCGAGCCCAAUCUGCUAUUGCUAUAUAUCUUGGACUAUGUGUAAGCAAUAUAAAAAAUGUUACAAUUUGGGGUAAUCAAUCAUCAACUCAAUUCCCAGAUGUAUUCAAUGCAUCAGUACAAUCAUGUGAUAGCUCAACAAGUGUAUAUGAUGUCAUCAAGGAUACACAAUGGCUUGAAGAUGACUUUAUUAAGAUUAUUCAAACUAGGGAAGCAGCUGUCAUUCAAGCUAGAAAAAAGUUGUCAGCUAUGUCUGCUGCAAAAGCGGCUGUUGAUCACAUGCAUGACUGGUGGUUUGGAACUGCUGAUGGGACCUGGGUUUCAAUGGGAAUUAUAUCUGAUGGUUCAUAUGGGGUGCCAAAAGAUUUGAUUUACUCUAUGCCAGUAACGAUUUAUAAAAAACAAUGGACAAUUGUGCAGGGUCUGAAAAUAACUAGUAUUGCAAAGAACAAAUUGGAUUUGGCUGCUAAAGAACUGCUCUAUGAAAAAGAAGAGGCUUUGGAAGUUUGCAAUCCCAGUUGUGUGCUACUUUUGCCAGACUGUAAAACCUGAAUACUAUAGUUUGGACAGUUUUCAGCAUUGAAUAUUAUGCAGGAACGUGUUUUGGAAUUAUUUUUAUGUUUUUAGAAAUGCAUUUAUUCGAUGAAAGAAAAUUAGGUCUUAAAAUAAUGUAUCAUAUUAUAAUUAUUCCCGAGCUUAACAAUUUAGGAUAAAAUAAUAAAAUUCCAAUAAAUACCCAAGCAUAUAAUAAAUACAAUGUAUACAAUGUAUGCUGGCA